GAAAUUUUAGGGGCAGCAUAAGGUGCAUAUCACUAUUCGUAGAAAUUGCAAAAUGUUUGAAGACAAUUUGAUGGAUCAACCUCUAACCGAGGAUCAAAACGAGAGUUCUCUGAGGUUGAGAAGAUGUUAAAGCAAGAGCAAGAAGAGUUUGAGGUUGUCCGUACCCUGCCUUCUCAUUCAGAUUCCAUUGAGUGUGUUGGGUUCGCACCAAGUGGUUCCUGGGCUGCAAUUGGAGGCAUGGAUCCAAAAAUGAUCAUAUGGGAUUUAGAGCACUCCUUAGCCCGAAGCACUUGUGAGCACGAGUAUGGAGUGACAUGUAUGACAUGGCUCGGCACAUCGUAUCUGGCAACUGGAUCUAUGGAUGGAAUUGUGAGAUUAUGGGACUGUCGGUCUGGUGAAUGUGUCAGAACAUUCAGAGGGCACUCUGAUGGCAUUCAAUCGCUUUCUUUGUCAGCUAAUCGCGAUUACCUUGUCUCAGCUUCUUUAGAUCACACAGCACGUGUUUUCGAUGUUAAAGGAUUUUGUUAAGCAAAGCCUUUUUUUGAUUGCAUACGAAUGAGGUUGUCGACCAUCUAAGCGAAGCCCUUUUUCCGGGCCCAAGCCCAUGUAUAUGUCCUUGAGGACAGUGGGGGUUACGCCACAUCCAGAUUGUUAAUUUAUGUUAAGUUGUGGUAGAGUAAUAAACUGUUGCAUAUGGUUUUGAAUUUUGAAGGAUCAUAGACAAUCUGGAACAGAAAUUUGGAUUUUUAAGGUUACUUUUCCUUUUUAAUAUUAAUUUUGAUGUUCGUACUAA